AUGGCUGCCGCUGAGGUCCCUGUCCCUUCUGGGCACUUCACCCAGAUCAAAGAGCAGAAGUUGAAGCCCGGAGACCUAGAGGAGGAAAAAGAGGAGGGUUGGUUACAAAGAGUGGAAGCCCAGGAGGGAGCUGUUGAGGAAGCGGAGGCCGAGGACAGCUGCCUGCUUCUGGAUGCCAGGCCCCAGGACCUGCCUUCGAGGGCCCCGGUGGAGAGCGAUAGGCAGAUCCUGACCCUGCAAACCGUGCACCUGGUGUCCCAGGAUGUGCACCUACAGGGGCUGGGAUGGCUGAGCGUGCCACACUCCGAGGAACAGCCAGGAACGGUACCACAGGGAGAAAGCAUACUGCAGUUGCCGUCCGUGCUGUGGCUCGACCCAGAGCCCCAGCUCAGCCUUCAGCAUUGCGUGACCGUCAGCAUCCCGGAAGACCUGUACCCACCAGAGGAACUGGAGCUGAUGCGUUUUCACCUGCUGCAGGAGAAUCUACCCGAGGAGGACCAAGAGUUAACACCAGACUUAGACGAAAGCACGGCCCUGAAGAAGCCUGAAGAAGAUGAAAAGGACCAGCUCCUGCCCCAGGGAGGGACAGACAAGAAAGAAGAGAGAUUCCUCUUUGUGGAAAUGAAACCAAAAGAAGGAAAAGACGAAAUUGUUCUGACCAUUUCCCAUCUAAGCCUAGAAGAGCAGCAAGAUCCACCAUCAGUGAAGGAGACAAAUGAGCCGAAAGCCAAAGCCGCAAAACCUCGAAGGCGGACCAAGGGAAAACCCCAGAUCUUUCAUUGCGACACCUGCCCGUUCACUUCUUCCAAAUUCUCAACUUACAACCGCCACAUCAAAAUUCACAGCGACGAGAGGCCACACCUGUGCCACCUGUGCCUGAAGGCCUUCCGGACUGUCACUCUCCUUAGGAACCAUGUCAACACCCACACAGGAACCAGGCCCUACAAGUGCGGAGACUGCGACAUGGCAUUUGUCACCAGCGGAGAGCUUGUCCGGCACAGACGUUACAAACACACUCACGAGAAGCCCUUCAAGUGCUCCCUGUGCAAGUAUGCCAGCGUUGAGGCAAGCAAGCUGAAACGCCACAUCCGCUCACACACAGGCGAGCGCCCCUUCCAGUGCUGCCAGUGUGCUUACGCCAGCAAGGACACCUACAAACUGAAGCGCCAUAUGCGGACACACUCAGGUGAGAAGCCAUACGAAUGCCCCACCUGUCACACCCGGUUCACCCAGAGCGGGACCAUGAAAAUCCAUAUGGCGCAGAAGCAUGGUGAGAAUGUGCCCAAACACGAGUGUCCCCACUGUGCCACCAUCAUUUCGAGGAAGAGCGACCUGCGUGUCCAUCUGCGCAACCUGCACGGCCACAGCCCCGUGGAGAUCAAGUGUCGCUACUGUCCCGCUGGCUUCCAUGAGCGCUACGCCCUCAUUCAGCACCAGAGGACUCACAAGAACGAGAAGAGGUUCAAGUGCAAGCAGUGUGAUUACGCGUGCAAGCAGGAGCGAUGCUUGACCGCGCACAUGCGCACGCACACGGGAGAGAAGCCCUUCUCCUGCCUGGCCUGCAACAAACACUUCCGACAGAAGCAGCUCCUUACUGUGCACCUGAGGAAGUACCAUGAUCCAAACUUCACCCCCAGUGCUCACCUAUGUCUCAAGUGUGGUAAAGGUUUUUCCCGCUGGAGUAACCUGCAGAGACACAGAAAGAAGUGUGACCCGGAGCAUGAGAAGUUAUCCUCCUCCAAGAAUGGAAGACCAGUGACGCGGACAGAGGCCUCAGAGGGAGGAGCAGGACUUGACGAAGAUGUUGUGGCCCAGGAGAGCAUCACCUCAGGGGAGCCUCAGUGUCCUGGGGAGCAGGUUCUGGGCCACCAAGAAGAAAGUGCAGAGGGGAACCAGAGCCCACUCCAAGGCCUUACCUGUGAGAUGAUCUUUAACAUGAUGGAGGAGUGA